AUGGUAAUAGUUAUUAAAGACAUCGAGGAAGAAAAUAAAGUAUUAAAAGAGCAAAAUAAUAAAUUAAAAUAUGAAGUUACAACUCUAGAUAAACGUUUGAAUGUAUUAGAAUAAAAAUCAAUAGAAAAUUUCGUUGAAAUUGUAGGUGUUCCGGAGGUAAAUAAUGAAGACUGCGUAGAAGCAGUGGUGUCAAUCCCCGAGUCUGUAGGAGUGAAAGCAAAUAUACUAAAAGCUUUUCGUAUUUUUUCGAAAAUUGAAAAUAAUGGCAGAAGUAUAGACUUAUUAGAACAAGAAAUCUAUGAUGGCCAGUGUAAGGAAACGAAAACUAACAUGAAAAUCUUUUAUAAUAAUUGGAGUGAUGACAAGAUUUAUAUGAAUAACAGUUUAACUCAAUUUAAUAGAAAUCUAUUCUUUAAAGCUAAAGUUUUGGCUCGUGAAGUGGGCUAUAAAUAUGUUUGGUUUAGGGAUUCUAAGUCGUUCAUAAAAAAAAUGAAAGCACCAUUGCCUUUAUAA